AGGCAAUAUUUUAAUGGAAUGGUUCAGGGAGAGAAUGGAGCUGCUAUGCGAAGGAAAAGAGUGAGUGGGAUUGUGGGGGUGAUGGUAGCACCGACUGGGAACAUCAAAACAGCCAAUUUAGACGGGCUGAAUGGCCUCCCUUUCGUGCUUUAACAAUUCAAAUGCGUUCAAAUGAAUCCCAAGAGGCACUGCUCGCUUUCACAACAACGUCCAAACUGCCCUCAAAGUGAAACUGCUCGCCUGUCUUGUGGACGCGCAGGGGAUUUCCAAUUUAAUCCAAUUUCGGCAGUAAUUGAAAAUCGCCGGGAUUGUGAGCGGGGUUAAAUCGUCUGGAUGAAGCCUCGAUGGAUACUGCUCGCUGUUCUCUUCUUCUCUCCUCUUCUCCUUCUCCGGCCCCUCGACACGGAAGAUGGAAAGGACCGUACAUUUGGUGCAAUUGGUUUGUCGGUUUUACUGGAUCCUGAAUGUGGAGCUAAUCUCAGCAACAGCGAAGUUUUAUGGACUUACACUGGCAGCAAUGGGAACCCUGUAAAUAUUCUGGAUUAUGUGCCAAAUUACACAAAAGCAGAACCAAAUGAACACUUUAGAUCUCGUUUGCAUUUUAAUACAUCGAAUGGGUCCUUGAUUUUAGAGAAUUUAAAAUCCAGUGACCAAGGCGUUUUUGCCAUUUUUGUAGAUGGACAAAAGAAGUGGACUACAGAUUUGCAAGUCAUUGAACCGCUGACGAAACCGUUGAUCUUCAGUAACUCCUCCUUUGUGGAUACAACCAUUGAAUUGACUUGUCAAGUGCUUGUGGGGAACGCAACUUCCGUUCUCUGGUGGAAAGAUGGCACGUUGUUACCCGGUAGUCAGCGCUUCCUGUUACUGCAAAACAACAGCAAGUUGAUUAUUUCUGCAGCCAAAAAAUCCGACUGUGGGAUCUACACUUGCGCGGUGGAAAAUCCUGUCAGCAAGAAGAAUAAUACAUAUUUGCUUCCAGUUUAUGGUCUUUCACAGUGGCAUUACUGCACCUUGGGAUUGUCCAUCGCUACGCUGAUUAAUCUUGCUGCUGUUUCUUUAAUCCACAAGAUUAUUUUGUAUGUGCAGGAAGCCAAAAUACCAUAUGAGGGAGUCAAAGAUUAUGAUGGGGGAACAGGCACAAAUGCAGAGUUGAAGUUAUCUGAAGGCAUAGAAAAAUUCUUGCAGUUCUUCCCGAAGCUUUCGUUUCUCCUUCUUUCGGCUGCAUUUGUGUUUUGGAUAUUUAUCGAAGGAUUUGCUGUAAUCACUGUGUUCAUGGCAGUGUUUCUGAAUCUCUUUCUAAUUCCAACGGCAACAUGGAGCAGAAAUAACCGGAACGGCUCAGCAGUUUUCAGCCUAAUUCCGAGUGCAGUCGAUCUAUACAGUGAAGUACUUGUUGUGUGUCUGUCGGGAAUCCUGAUUAUAGAAACACUCGUACAUUCUGGCAAAGGAUGUGAGCCAGCACCCAGCCUGCAAACUAGUCUGAUUCUUGCUCUGGUGGUGCCAUUCAUUGUCCUUUUGAUAUCCCUUUGCUUGGUAUAUCAUGAGAACAAAUCACUGUUGAACUCUGGAAUUGGUGUUCCCAAUGAGGGAAAGGCCUCUUCAUAAUGAAGAGGAGCCAGAAUGAAGUUACACUACUAUCAUUGGACCCAGGCUGCUACCAUUUGAGAAAGCAUUUUCAAUUGAGUUUUAGCAUGUGGGGAAACGGCACUUUCACUUGUGAGGCUGAGUUUUCUGAGCUAACUGUGGAACCUCAGCACUAUGUGCCUUGGGCGAUUGUCUGUGGGGAGUUUGCACAUUCUCCCCGUGUCUGCGUGGGUUUCCUCCCACAGUCCAAAGAUGUGCAGGCUAGGUGGAUUGGCCAUGCUAAAUUGCCCAUAGUGUCCAGGGAUGUUUAGGUUAGGUGGGUUAGACAAGGGAAAUGCAGGGGUAGGGGAAUAGGUCUGGGUGGGAUGCUCUUUGGAGGGGUGGUGUGGACUUGUUGGGCCAAAUGACACAAGCUUCAAAAUCUCCCCUCCCCCUACCGCAUCCCAAAACCAGCCCAGCUCGUCCCCGCCUCCCUAACCUGUUCUUCCUCCCACCUCAAGUCGCACCCCCAUCCCCUACCUACUAACCUCAUUCCGCCCCCUUGACCUGUCCGUCCUCCCUGGACUGACCUAUCCCCUCCCUAACUCCCCACCUACAGUCACCUUUACUGGCUCCAUCCCUGCCUCUUCGACCUGUCUGUUUCCUCUCCACCUAUCCUGUCCUGUAUCCAUCUUCUAUCCGCCUCCCCCUCUCUCCCUAUUUAUUUCAGAACCCCCUUCCCCUCCUCCAUUUCUGAUGAAGGGUCUAGGCCUGAAACGUCAGCCUUUCUGCUCCUAUGAUGCUGCUUGGCCCGCUGUGUUCAUCCAGCUCUGCACCUUGUUGUAUCUGCAGUGUAGGGAUGCUAUGAUCUACGAUGAUUUUCUGAUAAGCCAUGCAUGGUUGCUUUCAAUCAAAUUUUGCAUCUGUUAGCGUUAUUUCUUCCCCUCUCUUUAAUCUGUGCUCCCUGCCUGGCUCUCUAUCCAAAAAAAAAUCACUAUUUCUCUCUGCCUUUUCCCUGCUACAGCAUUUCUGAGGAAGGAUCACUGGACCCGAAACAUUAACUCUCUCUGAUUUUAUUUUUUUCUUCACAGAUGCUGACAGACCUACUAAGCAUUUCGAGCAACUUCUGUUUUUGUUCUUGGGUCUAUUCUGUUAGUUAACACUGCUGCUAACAAGCUCCGCCACCCCCCCUACCCCCCCACCCCCACCAACAAUCCCACCUGCAAAACAUUCUCCCUGUCUGUGUGGGUUACAUCUGCAUGCUCUGGUUUCCUCCCACAGUCCAAAGACGUGCAGGUUAGGCGUCCACGGUGUCCAGCGAUUGUGGAGGUUACUUAGAAUAGCCAUGGUAAAUGUGGGGUUAUGGGAAUAGGGUGAGAUUUUUUUUUUGUUGUUUGGAAAGUUGGUGCAGACUCAAAUGGACUGAAUGGCCUCUUUUAAUCACUGUAGGGAUGCUGUGAAAACUGGCAUGUGUUUCCUUUGGCAGCCAAAUGUUCUAAUAGCCUCUGUGGAAUACUCGUAUUUUUACACUGAGUAGUAAUGAGUUAAAAUAAUACAUGACUAGGAGCACAAAGUAGGGAAACUUCUUAGCUUUUUGAAACUGUACGUAUUGCUGUAACUGCAACCUGCCUUUCCCUAGCCUGAGAAGUCACGUAGGAUAGAUAGCAAAAAGCUAGGGCUCGCAGCAUCUGUAAACUUUUAUCUUCACCACGUUCCGUUUCAAUUAAUGUGUGUCUGGUUGCCUGAGUAUUGACCUUGCCUUGCUAAAACACAGUACCAUUGCAGUUUGUUUUAACUUGUUUGUACCACUGUAUAAAUUCUGCUUCUUUUUUGUGCUUGUCAGAGUCUUUGGACCUGACCUUUUGUCAGUGUUGACUCUCUGUGAUAUCACGAAUAAAAUCUCUUUGCCUUGAA